AUGUCUGAAAAAAUUAAAAAGAAGGUUACACCUUAUAUACGAACUGAACAAAAACGUAGGAGUAUCGAGCCUCCUAACGUGCGGGAAACAAUGCUUCAUUCGGAAUCCCCCAAGAUCCAUAAUAACGAAAUACCGAUCCAAGAUAACACCCCGAGUUUCGGUCAUAAAGAGCAAAGUGUGUCCGUCGGAUUAAAACGUAAAGCUUCAACAUCAGCUCUUAUUGAAGCCAAGCGUAAGAAAUCUACAGAGGAUAAAGGUCUCAAAGAAGAAAGUUUAGAAACCGAGGAUCCGAAGGAAAAAGUUAAAAAUUUAUUGCUCAAAGUGGAUCGCUUAAAGGCGGAGUGUAUGUGGAAAGAUAGCCAGUUGGAACAACUCAAGGCUGAACUCGACGAGAAGGUGGAGGAGAUAAAAAAACUUAUUGCAACGAACAGUCGGUACAAAUCAGGACUUGCCUGCAUUAUUUGUACGGGAUAUCUGGCAAACCCUUGUACUGUUAAUUGUGGUCAUUCCUUUUGUUACUCUUGUCUGCGAGAAUGGCUGGGGACGAAAAGGGAGAAUGUUCCCAAAUGUCCUUCAUGUCGGGCCGAGGUUACAACUGAUCCUGUUCUUUCAUAUGUUUUGAAAGAUCAGGUUGAAUCGUUAGUCGAGCAACUUCCAACUGAGGAAAAACAAGGAGUCCUAGAAAUUCUUCAAAAAGAAGAUCAGGUAUAUAAACAAACAUCUGAUCAUUGGGCUGGAAUAUUUGACCGAUCAGUUCGCCCAUUACUUGACGAAGAGGAUGGUGUUUUGAGAUGUCCAACCUGUGGAUGGGAAGUGGAGGGUCCUACAUGUGGUAAUUGCGGUCAACGCAUAGGCAUAGAGAGUAACGACAAUGAAUCUGAUGAUAACAAUGAUUCUAACGACGGAGAUAAUUCGGAUAUUGAUAGCGAAUCCAAUACAUAUGAUUCCAACGAUUCGUUUAUUAAUGAUGAUGGUUCAGAUGCUGAAAACUUGACUAAUGAUCGCAACGUCAUUACGGAUGAAAAUUCAUCGAUUGUCAUUCGAGUGAAUGAAUCAUAUAACACCGAAGAUGACGGAGAUUCACCUUCAUCAAAUAACGAUGAUGAUGACCCUCCGUACACGAACGGCACGAUAACAAUAAAUGAUGGUUCAGUCGAAUCGGAUAAAGAGCAAAAUGAAUCCUAUUGCAUGUCAUUUUCGAGCGAAGAUUAUGAAAAAAGGAGCCCACAUUCCUUUUAUUCAAAUGAAAGUCGCUCAACAACUCCUUUAUCAUGCGAAGAAAAUUAUGAAGGUGAUCAUCCUUGUGAGUCAGAUGAUGAACCUUUUCGUGUACGUUCUCGCGCAAAAAAAGGAUGA